AUGGCCGGCAGCAAGCCCAUUCCGACCGGCAAUGAUAGCAACCGGUCGAACCCACCAUCCCACGCUCAUGCUCAUGACUUUGCGUCAUCCUUGGCAGCCUCAUUUCAGGCCGGCUCACCUAUCGCCCAUGAGGCUCUGAGGCGGGAUCUCGAGGAGGACUCUGAAUGCGAGGAUGAUCUGAACUCAACCUUCGACGAUGAUCUUUCAGACGAGGAGGCUCAUGGCCCUGCCAUGUACCGCAAGCCCAGCGCGAUCGCGUAUGGUACCACUCGGCCUGCUCUGGGGCCUAGGGGCGCGUCGACUAUGCUCACUCAUGAGGAGUGGGAGCAAUCCAGGAAUGAGGAACUCAGUCUCCUGAGGGAUAACCACAUCCUCCCGCCCAAGCAUCCGGUGCCGGAGAAGGAGACGCUCUUGCGUCGAAUUUACAAGAAGUUGUUCUCGACCAAGGUCCCUCUCACAGCUGAGGAUGAGGAGGAGGCGCCUCUGUCGCGGGUGGUGUCUGAGACAGCGCCCUUACUGGCACAGAUAAGUCAGAAUGGUGAGGUCCCUCCGGCGGCGGGUGGACUGCUGAAUGAGCAGUGGGAGGCCGCCGUGGCCUCGGGAAAGCUCAAGACGACAUGGCAGAGAGAGGCCAAGACAAUCGCAAUUUACUCGAGAUCUUUGAUCGUAACGUUUCUCCUACAAUAUUCCAUCAACGUCGCCAGUAUCUUCGCAGUCGGCCGUAUCGGUACAAUCGAGCUUGGUGCAAUCAGUUUGGCAACAAUGACUGCCAACAUCACUUGCUCCGCUCCUUUCCAGGGGUUGGCCACGAGCUUGGACACGCUCUGCGCUCAAGCCUACGGCUCGGGGCACAAGCAUCUCGUAGGAUUGCAGAUCCAGCGGAUGAUCUGCUUUCUGAUGCUCCUCUUCCUGCCGCUCAUCAUCCUCUGGAUGUACUCGACGGAGUUGUUGGCCAUGAUGAUUCCGGAAUACCGCUCUGCGGAGCUAGCCGGAAUGUACCUGAAGAUCUACCUCCUCGGAGUCCCAGCGUUCAUCGUCUUCGAAGGAGGCAAGCGUUUUGUGCAAGCCCAGGGUCUCUUCCAGGCCACUACCUACGUACUGCUACUCGCCGCGCCUCUCAACGUCUUUUUCAACUGGUUCUUCGUGUGGCAUCUUGGCCUGGGCUUCGUCGGAGCGCCUAUCUCGGUAGUGAUUACCCAGAACCUGCUUCCGACGCUCCUUUUCCUGUAUGUCUACUUCGUAGACGGAAAACAAUGCUGGGGAGGGUUCAGCAAGCGCGCGUUGACAAAUUGGGGUCCGAUGAUUCGCCUCUCGAUUCCCGGCAUGAUCAUGGUCGAAGCAGAAUGGUUCGCCUUCGAGAUCCUGACUCUCGCAACCGGCCAGUUCGGCUCCACAUACCUAGCCGCUCAGUCUAUCCUCAUGACGAUCACUUCCACGACGUUCCAGAUUCCCUUCCCCAUCGCCAUUGCUUCAUCGACUCGAGUGGCCAACCUCAUCGGCGCAGGCCUGGUCGACGCCUCAAAGACAUGUGCAAAGGUGGCCUUCUGGGCCGGCUGCAUUGUCGGCGUUUUCAACGUCACUAUCUUAUCGACCCUGCGCUACCAGCUGCCCCUGCUCUUCACUCCGGACAGCGAGGUCGUGGACCUUGUUGCGAGGACCAUGCCCGUCUGCGCGGUGAUGCAGUUCUUCGACUGCCUUGCCGCCAUCUCGCACGGCCUGCUGCGCGGCACGGGAAAGCAGGAGUUUGGAGGCUAUGCCAACCUCGUGUCGUACUACGUCGUCGCCCUGCCUCUCGCCUUUGGCACCGCCUUCGGCCUGGGGUGGAAGCUCGAGGGCCUCUGGUUCGGCGUCACCGUCGGGCUCGCCCUCGUCAGCAGCGUCGAGCUCUGGUACCUCGCCCGCUCUGACUGGGAGAAGUCGGCCAAGGAGGCCGAGCACAGGAACGCGAACGCUUGA